GUAUAUAUAUUCUUCUACACACGCUCAAACCGGUAAACCCUAGAAACAGCUUCUUCCUCCUUUGCCUCCGACGGAAGAAGGGUUAUUUAACAGGUAGAGUUUUCAGAAAUGGCUCCUCCUAAAGGUGAUAAGAAGGCUGAUCCAAAGGCACAGGCCUUGAAAACGGCCAAUGCACUCAAGUCAGGCACUGCUAUUAAGAAGAAGGCAAAAAAGAUCAGAACAACUGUGACUUUCCAUCGCCCAAAGACACAAACACAGGACAGGAACCCCAAGUACCCUCGCAUUAGUGCCACCCCAAGGAAUAAGCUUGAUCAUUACCAAAUUUUGAAGUUCCCACUUACCACCGAGUCGGCAAUGAAGAAAAUUGAGGAUAACAACACUUUGGUUUUCAUUGUUGACUUGCGUGCUGAUAAGAAAAAGAUCAAGGAUGCAGUCAAGAAAAUGUAUGACAUCCAAGCGAAGAAGGUUAACACCUUGAUCAGGCCUGAUGGCACCAAGAAGGCCUAUGUUAGGUUGACUCCUGACUACGAUGCAUUGGAUGUAGCAAACAAGAUUGGAAUUAUCUAAGCUAAUACCUGGUUUUACCUGUGUUCUAUUUAGAUUCUAGACAGUUCUAUAUUUUGUGCUCUGGUUUCUAUCUUUUGUUUCAAUUUCAAUAGAUUACACCAUCAGACCUUUUGUUUCAAUUUUGACUGGAAUAUUAUUGAUGAUUAAUGAGUACUUCCAAUUUUUCCCAA